UAGCGAGAACUUAGGUUCUAGACCCGAAAAGCCCUAAGGUUUUUAGGGUCGCACCCCUGUAGAAACAUAAACCACGUAAGAUAUUUUUACACAAAAACAAAUCACGCCCGUAACCCACAGGGGUAGGCAGAGACCACGGACCUCCAUUUGGUGCAGUCCUGGUAGCGUCGAUUUUGUUUGAAAGUAAGUAGAAAAGUAUAAAAAAAAGAAAAGUUCAAGAUAUAAAGGGGCUGUAUUUUGGUUUGUCGCGUCAUAAGUUGAAUAGUCGUAGGUGUGCUUGUACGAAAGUAUCGUCGGUGGACAAAAUGUGGUUUAGCGCGUUCUUUUGUUUACUUUUGGUAUUAAACACAUGCAACGGAAUUAUUUAUCAUUUAAAUGAUUCAGAGCAUCAGCGUAUGCCGCGACUCUUCGACUUGGACCGUUACGAUUCCUGUCUGACGAGCGACCAUGGCUUGUAUUGUGUCUUAAGAGUUGACUUGUUUGCAGACGAAAGCAACCGACUUAUGAAUCAAAUUAAAGAGUACUCCGCAUAUGCAGCUAAACAUUAUAAUUACACGUACAUAGAUAGAGGCGUUUGUAUUACACAAACAUGUAAAGAAUUCAUUAAAGGGAGAGAUUUAGAAAAAUAUAUUGAAAGAAAUCAAGUAAUAGAGGAGUGUCUGAAUACAACUAUGUUUAAACAAUAUGGACUACAAGCUAAUGUUACAGAGAUAUACAAUUGUGAUAGACACGAUGACAAAGUACAAAUUGACGACACAGAUUGGAUAGUGGCUGGAGUGAUAGUAGCUUUAGUAUUUUUGGUCCUUCUAGGCACUUUAUACGAUGUGAUGCAUAAUAAAAUUAGUGUAUCCAAAAAUAAUAUGAAUAAUGAAGAAUAUUAUUUGUUGAUGAAUUUUUCAUUGCGCAAAAAUUGGAAUGAUUUGGUGAGUGAUGAAAGUACAGAUCCAAGACGUAAUAGACUGAAGGGGUUGCGAGGAGUCAGAUCGAUCACGAAUUGCCUCAUGAUACUGGCGCACGUAGCCUUCAUCAAUUCGGCGGGUUUCAUGGACUCUCCUCAUGCUGUUGAAAAGACAUACGAGUCGUUUCAGUAUCACUUGCUGUACAACGGCUUGCUGAUAGUGCAAGUAUUUUUCCUCAUGUCGGCCUUCCUGCAGUCCUACCUGAUGCAUUUACGCUCCGAGGUGGCGCCCUUCCAGUGGUCCGAGUUGCCGAUAAUAAUGUUUGCGAGAUGGUGGAGACUGAGUCCGACUUAUGCCGUAUUGUUGGCGUUCUCUGGGACGUGGCUGCGGCACUUAGGGGCGGGGCCACUGUGGAGGCUGUACGUGGGCGACUCCGUGGUGGCGCAGUGCCGCCGCUACUGGCCACAUCACUUGCUCUAUAUUAAUAACUAUGUCGCUGGUGAUACUGCUUGCCAACUGCAAACCUGGCACAUAGCCGUGGACAUGCAGUUGUUCGUGGUGACGAUGUUGGUGUAUAUGUGCACCAGAGGGCGCGGGCGCGGCUGGCACCUCGCGCUGGGCCUGCUGCUGUUGGUGGGGCUGCUGGGGCCGCCGCUGCACGUCUGGCUGCAGGACCUGCAGGCGCUGGCUAUGGUCACACCGGAAUUUUUCCGUCGCCUGGCGGUGACUCGUACGUUCCGCUUACUGCACAUCCUAUGCCACAACAACCUCACCUGCUACGUGGUCGGCCUGGCCACCGGUUCCCUCGUCUACCGUCUGCAGAAGGACAACGUGGAUUUGUCUAAAUAUAAGAGGUGGGGUAUGUUGAGCUGGUGCUUGGUGCCGGGAAUCGCGUGUCUGUUCCUGACGGGGCGUGUGUUCUAUGCGGAGGGGGCGGAGGUGUCUGGGGAUGUGUCCGGGAGCGUGGCGUGGCGCGCGCUGUACUCAGCAACGCACCGCCUCGCCAUGGCCGCGUUCGUCGCUAUGCUUGUUGUCACCCUCACUAUGAGACUCUGUGAUAGUUUUAGCAAGUUGUUCGAGUGGCGGGGCUGGCUGGUGCCGAGCCGGCUGGCGUACAGCGUGUACCUGCUGCACAUGAACCUGGUGCACAUGGCGAUCGGCCUGCGCACGCACCUCGCCACUGUCUCGCCAUUCUACAUGCUGGUGACAUACUUCGGCAUUGUGGUGAUGUCUGUGCUGAUUGCUCUGCCGUUCUACCUGGUGGUGGAGGCACCGCUGGCUGGACUGCUGCUAUCAUUGCUCGGCCACACUCAGAAGACGAACACGAAACAAAACAAGGAGAAGAAGAUCUCGUAAUGCUACAUGUCUUACUAAUUAGAGGCGUUGAGUAGUCUCCUUAAUAUGAUUUUCUCUUAGGGUUUCCCUUAGUAAAUGAUUAAAGACUCUCUAGUUUUAUUACAGAUAUGUUUAGAUGAUGUAUAAUUGUUUUUGAUAAACAAUAUGAAUGUUGUACACGUUAUAAAAAUAUGAAAUUGUUGAUAAAUAAAAUAAAUUAUACAAAUUACAAUAAAGAUUUUUUUUUACUUCUAAAUCUGGAACUGAAGGUGGCCAUAGGAAAUUCGCAAUGAAACGACACAAACUUAUUCAGUUUGGGCUCGUUUGAAUAUAAAUGACGAAUAGUUUGUGCUUUUUUAUUUUUAAUUAAUAGAAGCUGGCUUU